ACCAUGGCAGGGUUUCUGAGCCUCAACACCUCAGCCUCGGGGACGGCAGUCACUACAAAUCCAAUGAACAAAGCCGUGCCUGGGAGUUUCAACAGCAUAGCCCUGGUCCCUAACUUGAUGAUCAUCAUCUCAGGACUGUUUGGACUGACAGGAAACGCCAUUGUGUUCUGGUUCCUGUGCUUCCGCUUGCGCAGGAACGCCUUCUCCGUCUACAUCCUAAACCUGGCGGUGGCUGACUUCCUAUUCCUCCUCUGUCACAUCAUAGACUCCACGCUGCUUCUCCUCGAGUUUUCCUAUCCCAACAUUAUCUUCCUCCCAGCCUUUAACACCGUCAUGAUGGUUCCCUACAUAGCAGGCCUGAGCAUGCUCAGUGCCAUCAGCACCGAGCGCUGCCUGUCUGUCCUGUGCCCGAUCUGGUAUCGCUGCCGCCGCCCGAAACACACAUCAGCUGUCGUGUGUGCUGCGAUCUGGAUCCUGUCCAUGUUGAUCAGCAUUCUGAACUGGUAUUUCUGUGUCUUCUUAGAUGCCAAAUAUAAAAAUGUCAACCUGUGUCGGGCAUCACAUUUCUUCACUGCUGCGUGCCUGAUGUUUUUGUUUGUGGUCCUCUUUCUGUCCAGCCUGACCCUGCUGGCCAGGUUGUUCUGUGGUGCUGGUCGGAUCAAGCUCACCAGACUGUACGCGACCAUCAUGCUCACAGUGUUGGUUUUUCUCCUCUGCGGCUUACCCUUUGGCAUCCACUGGUUCCUGUUAAUCUGGAUUAAGACUGAUUAUGAUGUAUUUGACUAUGGCCUUUAUCUGGCAUCACUUGUUCUGACUGCCAUUAACAGCUGUGCCAACCCCGUCAUUUACUUCUUCGUGGGCUCCUUCAGGCAUCAGCUGAAGCAUCAGACCCUCAAGAUGGUUCUCCAGAGGGCUCUACAGGACGUCCCUGGGAUGGGUGAAAAUGGAAGCAGUGUCCCUCAGGACACCACGGAGAUGUCAAACAACAGAGUGGAGCAGAGAGGAAGAGAACUGCCUGGACCUCAGAGAUGA